AUGUCUGGCAAUCCAUUCAGACGCUCGAAGCUGCCUGAAGCUCCCCCCUCAGCAGUGCCAGCAGCACCUGCAGUGAGAAUAGACACAACUGCCCAUACUGCUCCCACGACACCACCCCCGCCGCCGAAACCGACACGAACAAAGAAGAAGCGGGUCACGAUCGUGUCGCCCAAUUCGCCGGAAUUUGCGUAUAGACCUGCGGAUAAUGAACGACGACGCCUUUCUGCUUCGGACUCGGCGACGCGCGCUGAGUCACCUCCACCGCCGCCGCAGCCUGCAGCGAGAUUGGAUGAGAGAGAGGACGAGACGGAUUCGGAUUCGACGACGGGGGAUGAAGAGUUGAGGGAAGCGAGGAGUAAUACGAGGCGGAACUCUGGAGCGCUGCCGCCUUUGAAUGCGCCGACAGCAACGGCGGAGGGAGGGAUGAAGUUGCCGUAUAAUCCUUUCGCUAGGACGCUGGCGACGGUGGAGGGGCAUAAUGGGCUGAAGACAUCGCAAGAGGAGGCCACUGCGGAGAGACAGGGUGCUGGCAGGCCGGCUCUGGACGUGGACGCUUUCAAGAACAUCCUCAUGACUGGAAGUGCUGCCCCUUCAUCUCCGACGGGACAAGCAACAGGAGCAGGAGCUGUGGGCCUUGCACCCACUGCAACAAUACCGCGACAACAACUGGACAGCAGCAGCAACACCGACACAUCCUCCCUCUUCGAUCCCCGCUACGAUCUCCAGCAAGAAUCCCCCAGAACAUCCUUCGACGAGUACGAAGACGCUUCAGAUACAGACUCUGGCAACGAGAACUCGAAUCUCAUGGGACAGGGGAGAUCAGAUGAUCUUGCGCCUCCUGCACCGCCGAAGCCGAAGAGUCGGGGACCGCAGACGGUGUCUUUUGCGGAGUUUGAGGAUUCCAUACCGCAGGGGGUUCAGGGGAGAGCGGCGCAGGGUCAGGUGGUGAAUGCGCAUUUGACGGGGAUAUUGAGACCUUCUACGCCAAGGUCUAUGAGUGAUUUGAAUAAGCCGCUGCCUCCGCCGCCGAGGGAAGGGGCUGUGGCGGAGAGGGAGGGGAAGAUGAGUAGGGAUACUGUGGUUGCUCACCAAGUCAUUCCGGAUGUCGAUUCUAGGGAGAAGGAGGGAGGAAACAAGAAAGCUCCGGCACCACCUCCACCACCACCUUCACGGCGGAGACCAGGGGAGACAGGGCGGCCGAGAAGUGCUUCAAAUCUGUCUAACAACACCUUGGACUCUGUGCAGUCCGCGAACGUACCAGCACCUGCCCCAACGCUUACAUCGCAGCAGUCGAACGACUCUACCUCCAAACUUGCUCCGCCUCCACCUCCCUCAAGAAAAGCCCACGCCCCCUCACGUCCUUCCGGGCCAUCUUCGAGUACAAACUCCCAAGAUCCGUCCCCAAGCCACUCAUCCAACGACAUCCCCAAAGCGAAACCUCCUCCCCCACCACGACGACACCCUUCCAAUUCAGGCAGUACCCACAGCACAAGUGGACCCAAACGCACGUCCGAAUCACCGCGACCUACUACUCAACGUCCUGGCGAUGCCUUUCUCGCAGUUUUCACAUCCACCGGUACUUCCACGCCGCCUGCCCCACCUCCUCCGCCGAGGAGAGGGGGUUCGAAGCGCAGUAGUAUGGAUGGACCGCCGGACACUCUGGCGAGGAGGCUCAGUGCGGACCAUCGUGGCGGGAGGGGGUCGUUUGAUAGUGAGAGGAGUGCAAGUAUUGGGAGUUUACAGCAGGUCCCAGAGCCUGGGGAGGAGGAUCAUGCUGUGGUGAGCCCGCCGGCGGAGAAUCAGAGGAAUGUGUUGGCGGAUAUGGCGGCGUUUGAGGCUGAGAUUGAGGCAUUGAGGAGACGGGCUGAGGGGACGCGGUGA